AUGUCGGGCUUCGAGGUCGCCGGCAUAUCGCUGGCUGUGGCGGGCCUACUGGUUUCUGUCAAGGGCGCCAUCGACGGCCUCAACAUGCUGGCCGACGCGUGCGAGAGGGACAACGGGCUGCGCUUCGCGGCGACGCAGUACCACGUCGAAAAGGUCAAGCUCGAGGUCUGGGCGCGGCACUUCAGGGUGUACGACGUCGACGUCGACGACGAAAACGAUGACGAUGACGAUAAUAAGGUAGGUGGAGGUGGUGGUGGUGAGUGUCUGCUGCUUAAGCAACCGCGCAUCACGCGCGAUGCCAUAUGGCGAAUCGUGGCCGAGAUCAACGCCACGCACGAGUUGGCUGUGGAAUACAUCGCGAGGUAUCACGUUGAGCCGGUCGUUGCCACCACUGCCGCCACCAUCGCUGGCGCUGACGCUGGCGCCUCUUUGCCGCCGCCGCCACAGCAGCAGCACACCGCGGUAACAAGGACCGCAACAGCAGCAGUAGGAAGAGGAGCUGGACCGGAGACGUUUCACCGGCGGAGCAAGUGGGUUGCGCUCCUCGCAGAGGCGCGGGCCCAGAUCCCGCAGACACACCGCCUCCGCUGGGCGGCACGCGACAGGGACAAGUUCGGCGAAUUGAUCGCGCGACUCGCGACGCUGAACCAGAACCUGUGGGACGUGGUUGUCGUGGCGGCACCCGAGGAGUUGCGUGUGGACACGCUGGGCAUCGUCACAGGGGUGCUUAGUGGCCUGAGCGACCAGCUGUCGCUCGCUUCGCUACUGCAGCAGACCUCGCCGCCGCCGCCGUCGUCGUCGUCGUCGAGCCUCGGGAGAGGCAGCGACGGCACAGCCUCGCUUUUGGCACUGGCUGCGCGGCUCAAGAAGAUGCAGGGCGAGACGGUGUCGGAGCUGGCGGCUAAGGUGAAGCACAUCCACGCCUCGGAGCUUCGUCUCUGGGACGCACUGUCCAACGACACGAGCAAGCGUUGCAGUGGUACAUACACGAGCCAGACAACGCCUGGCAGUAGCGGCAACAGCUUGCCGGAGCCGGUCUGGAUCGAGUGGAAAGCCGUAGAGAGCGUCAGCAGCGGCGGCAGCACCACCAGCCCCAGCAGCACCAUGGACGACAUCAUCCUCCGUGUUCACGCGCUGGGCGCACUGCUCUCGACGGACAACGCCGCGGCCUUUUACCGGCCGGCCUGCCUCGGCGUGUACGACGAUGUCGACUACAGGGACCGCCACAGGAGCCGCAGCCGCCGCAUCGGCUUCGUCUACCGAAACAGCUCCUCCGCCGCCAGUAGCAGCCUCCUCCCCGUCUCGCUGGCGGACCUGCUGCGCGCCGCCGGCCGGGCGCGCACGCGACCUCCCCUCGGGGCGCGCUUCGAGCUGGCGUACAAGCUCGCAUCGGCCGUGUCGCUGCUGCAUGCCACCGACUGGAUCCAUAAGUCGCUGCGUAGCGACAACAUACUGUUCACGCCGCCGUCCCCGCUGUCCUCGGGACACGGGGCCGCAGCUGGCGCCGACGCCGGCGUGGACGUGGACAUCACGGUCCCGCAGAUCGCCGGCUUCCAGUACAGCCGUCCGGCGGGCGACGCCUCCCUCGAGGGCCGCCCGACCGGCGUGCCCGAGCUCGAUUACUACUACCACCCGGAGGUGGUGAUUGCGGUACCUGUAUCAUCGUCGUCAUCGUCGGGCAGCUACGGCAGCGGCGGCAGUGGUGGCGCGGGUGGCUGGACCAAGGCGCGGGAGCUGUAUAGCCUGGGCGUGGUGUUGCUGGAGGUGGCGCACUGGCGGCCCGCGUUCGAGGCGCGCUACCGGGCCAUGACCAUGGGGGAGGUGUCGGCGGCGAUGCUCGCCGAUGUGCGGGGCAAAUUUGGCGACGACCUGGCGGGAAUGGUUGGGAGAACGUUUGUCGACGUCGUCGAGCGAUGCCUGACGGGGUCGUUUGGGGUGCCGGACGGGUUAAGCGCGGCGGACGAGGCGAGAGCGCUGGGGGAUGCGUUUUUCCAGAGGGUGGUGAGGCCGCUGGCCAUGCUGAAAGCGUAG